UGUGAUUUGCUAUAGGAUUGACUGUACAGCGUAAUGGAUGAAACACCAGUAACGUCGAACGAGCAACCGCAGACUCCGGCGCCGGUUCCGGCGACAGCAGCUCCAAUACCGGCUCCGACGUCAUUAGCGUCUACAACACUGUCAUCUUCUUCUUCCGUUCCUUCCAUUUCCUCGUCGGCAGUUACGCCUUCCCCGAUCCAAGAUCCUAGCCCUAAUUCUCCUUCAAUAUCCCAAACGCAACAACAAUCAUCCGUCCAAAGCUCUCAAGCGCGACCUCAAUUCAACAGGCCAUGGCAGCCUCCGUCACAUUAUACGCACUUCUCAUCUUCUUCGCAGCUUUCGUCUAUGCCUCCUUCUUUUGCAUCUUCAUCUUCGCCGUCGACUCCACCAGUGCCUCCUUUUUCGUCUUCUUCUUCGUCUUCCACAUUGCCGCCUAUGGCGCCUCCACCGGUACAAAAAGGUGGGAUGGCAAUCGGUCUCCCUGCACAUCAUCCGACCGCUGCUUCUUCUCCUUCUUCAUUUUCUUCUCUGAAUCCGCCUCCUCUAGGGCAACAAUUUGGCGGAAUGACUCGUGGUUCCGCACCUGCACCUGAUUCUACCUCAAGUCCUGGCACAUCACAGUUGAGACCUCCGAUCCAAGGAAUUCAGGGCAUGGGAUCCACAGGAUCAUUUAGCUCCGGCCCUACAAUGCGGCCCGGUGGGAUGUCUUCUUUACAUCAUCAACAAAGACCAAUGCAGUCUUCUGUGAGAGCGCAAACCAGUGCAAAUAGUCAGGCUUCUACUUCCCAGUCUCGAAAUCUUCCUUGGAUGCCAUCAUCCGGAUCACAAGGGACUACUCCUUUCCCGCCAUCAUCAUUUAGGCCGCGGUCAAUCACACAACAGUUACAACAAAGAGCUCAAGUGAAUCGGCAACAGAUUCAGGGAUUACCCCUAGCAGCAGCAUCACAGCAGCCGGAGCAUGGGUCGUCUUCUUCCCAACAACAGUCACAACCACAGCAGCAGCCACUUUCUCCAGUCAAUCCUCAACAUGAACAAUUCCCUCCUUCAAGAGUUGCACAAUCUUUAACAAAUCAGCUACAGAUCCCGAGAACCGCCCCAGGAAUUGGAAACCAGAAACCUCCUCAAUCAGUUGGACAGCCAGCCUCACUUCAGCCAACUCCUGUCAGUAGAGCACAAACUGCCGAUGAUGAUGAACAAUGCAAUAGAAUCCUUGGUAAAAGAACCAUACGUGAGCUGGUUUCCCAGAUUGACCCGUCAGAAAAAAUGGAUCCUGAAGUAGAGGAUAUACUUAUUGAUAUUGCAGAGGAAUUCAUGGAGUCUAUAACAACUUUUGGAUGCUCGUUAGCUAAGCACAGGAAAUCAACUAGUUUGGAAGCAAAAGACAUACUAUUGCAUGUUGAAAGGACCUGGAACAUAAGUCUUCCUGGAUUCGGUGGAGAUGAGAUUAAGACCUACAGAAAACCUUUCACAAGUGAUAUUCAUAAAGAUCGACUUGCAGCGAUUAAGAAAUCAAUUAGCAGUGGUGAAGUGAUAACAAACACAAAAGCGUCUACACAAGCCAUUGGAAAAGGUCAUCAUAAUCCGACAAGAGCACCAUUGAACAAUUUGGGAUCUCCAAAUCCUCCUCCUAAAACCCGCGAAGCUUCCUGAACUGAAACAACGGAGUUAGUCGCUACUUUGAUCAUUUGGUAAGUAAAACAUGUCUUGUUAUGUUAUUAUUAUUAUGGUCAAGUCAUGUCAUAUGCAUGAUAUUCAGAAACUUUGAGUUUGGGACAAUGAAUGAAAAUCUUUAUGUUUCUGUCUUAAAUACCUUGAAACAAUUAAAGUU